AUGCCGUAUGUCGCCAAACAAGCUAACAGGAAGAGAGUGGUGAUUGUAGGGUCAGGCUGGGCUGGGGCCACGAUUUCUACCGCUCUCGAUGAAGGAAAGUACAAGAUUACUGUAGUCUCACCCGAAGAAACGACGCCUUACACGCCUCUUUUGGCCAGCGCUGCUUGUGGCCUCUAUGACUUCAGUCUUGUCGAAGCACCGAUCCGCCAUCAAAGGAGGGAAAUCAGAUACAUCAAGGCCACUGUUGACGACGUCGACUUCGAGAAGAAGGUUUGCCGUUGCAGAUCCGCCUUUGACGACCUUCCGAACGAGGGUCAGUUCUCUCUGCCCUAUGAUUACCUGAUCCUAGCACCUGGCUGCACAAACAACACCUUUGGUACGCCGGGCGUGAAGGAACAUGCCAUGUUCGUUCGUACUGUGCGAGACGCCAAAGCCAUCCAAGCCCACAUUCGAAAUUGCUUCGAGAGGGCAUCGAUGCCCGGCCUCACAGGCGAAGAGAUUCGCAACAUCUUGCACUUUGUCAUUGUGGGUGCAGGGCCGACAGGCGUGGAGAUCUCCAGUGAAUUGUCCGAUCUCUUCCACAAUGACUUUGCACGGUUAUAUCCUCACGUCAAAAAACAUGUCCGAAUCUCGAUCCACGAUGUUGCUCCCAAUGUCUUGAGCGGCUUCGACCAACAUCUGCAGGAGUAUGCGAUGAACAGCUUUGACAGGCGUGAUGUUGAGGUACUCACCGAGAGCCACAUAGAAAAAGUUGACGAGGGUGCCAUUUACACUAAAGAACUCGGAAGAAUCCCUUGCAACACAGUCAUAUGGGCUACGGGGAACGGCUCGACAUCUCUGGUCGACGGGCUCAGAUGCCAGAAGACAGGGAAGGGUCUUGCUCGCAUGCUGACGGAUGACUUCCUGCGUCUAAAGGGCACGAAUGGAGAGGCCAUCCCUGACGUAUAUGCCCUCGGUGAUGCAGCAGAUGUCGAUGGUGCCAGCCUGCCCACCACGGCUGAGGUUGCAUGCCAAAAGGCGAAGUGGCUGGGAUCUGCCUUGAACAAGGAGUUCGAGGAGGACAAGGUUCACAGUUUCCAAUAUCAACAGGCAGCUAUUGUUGCGUACCUCGGGCACAAUGACGGUGUCAUCGCGGGAAAGAGCGAUUAUACGGGCGCUGAGGCAUGGAUCGCCUGGCGAUCCAAGAACUUCCUGUGGACACGACAAUGGAGGCAACGUGUCUUGAUUAUUGUGAGCUGGCUCCUUGAUCGGCUGACGGGGAGAGCCAUUGCCCCGUGGUAA